AUGAUACCGAUGACACCGGUAGUUGUGCAGGCCCCAUAUGCUCACGGAUACGUCAAUACGUACGCCCCCGGAUACGCGCCUGGUCCUGUAUAUGGAGGCCCAGUUUACGGAGGAUAUUCCAACGGAGGAAUGGGUGCUGGUUCCAGCGCGAUGCUCGGAGGAGUCGCUGGCAUGUUUGGUGGUAUUCUAGCGGGUCAAGCGUUAUCCAAUGCUGGAGAAUACCAUGGAUACCACGGAGGUGACGAAACAUGCAUUGGAAGUGAAGAGUUUGGCGGAGAUUUCUAA